AUGGCUACAACCUCAAAGAUUGUGGCGAAGCUUGAUCUAAAACCUCAUCCCGAAGGUGGGUUUUACUCGGAAACUCUGCGGGACAACUCCGUCAUCCUCUCCAAAUCUCAACUUCCUCCUCAAUACAAGGUUGAUCGCCCGAUUAGUACCUGCAUUUACUUCUUGCUGCCUACGGGAAGUGUAUCGCAUCUGCAUCGGAUUCCUUGUGCUGAAACAUGGCAUUUUUAUGCUGGGGAGCCUCUUUCUGUGGUGGAAUUAAAUGAGGACGGUAGUGUGAAAAUCACAUGCCUUGGACCCGAUCCAGUUGCCGAUAAUCAACAAGUGCAGUACACGGUUCCUCCAAAUGUCUGGUUUGGUUCAUUCCCUACCUAUGACAUAGACAUUUCUAGUGAUAUAAAGGCAGUUAAAAAACCAGCUAGGAACGGUGAGAACCACUUCUCUCUUGUGGGAUGCACCUGUGCGCCGGGAUUCCAGUUUGAGGAUUUUGAACUCGCUAAGCGCUCUGAGCUCAUUUCUCGUUUCCCUGCCUACGAGUCUCUCAUCACUUUGCUCACCUUCCCUGAAUAA